GGUGAGCGAGUCUAGCCCAGUAAAGAAGCUUCGUAGGCCUCUCGCGAUUCCAACUUGUUCCCCAAGAAGCCAUCGUCAGGUCACGCAAGUCUGGGCAAUUUGGCCUUUUGCUACCUACCAAAAACACUUCAACUUUGUGCCCCCUCCCCUCAUCAAGGAUAAACUACUCACUGUCACGAAAUAGUCCCCCACCGCUCAGCCUUCAACUCGGACCCCUCCAUGCGCGCACGCGCUAAGGCUCUUGAUUGCAACUUCAGAUGACAGGACGGGACACUUUGCAUAACCGAUACCACCACAUCUGAGGCUUUGACGAUCCAUCUCCAAACUCCACCCCAUUUCUAACCUCAACCACUCACGACCUCGGGGACACAAAGAUUCAAUUUGGCCUACGCCAACACCCUGCCACAUUUGUGCCGAGCUCGCACAUCGCCAACAUGUCGUUGAUACCUCUCGUGUUAUCCGUCAUCGCUGGCAUCUGCACCACUAUUGUCGCUGCCCUCGGCAUCAACUUUCUCACAAAGCUGCUGCCCACACGCUACCAUGCGGCUGAGAACCCCAAGGAUGACCACAUCCAGAUCCUGGUCCUCGGUGACAUAGGCCGUAGCCCUCGCAUGCAGUACCAUGCCAUGAGCAUCAUGAAGCACGGCGGGAGGGUUGAUCUCGUUGGUUACAAGGAGACUGCCCGCCAUCCGGAUCUCGUUGGCAAUGAGAGAGUGGCUUUGUACCCAUUGCCACCUCUUCCUACCGUCUUCAAAUGGAACACCCUGCCGUUUCUCAUCAACAAGCCGGCCAAAGUUGUCUGGCAAGCCUAUUCCAUCUUCUACGUGUUGGCAUACACCGCACCCCCAGCUCGAUGGAUUAUCAUUCAGAACCCUCCUUCUAUCCCGACGCUGCAUCUGGCUUUGCUCGUGUCUCUCCUGAGAGGAAGCCACCUUCUGAUUGACUGGCACAACUAUGGCUGGUCCAUCAUGGCCACCGGCCGCAGCCAGAAGAACCCUCUGGUAUGGCUCUACAAGAAGUACGAGAUGUACUUUGGAAGGGUAGUCCCCACGGCCAACCUCACCGUCACCGACGCCAUGGCACGGCAGCUUAAGGAGAAGCCGUAUAGCAACAAGAAGCCCAUCUUCACCCUGCACGACCGGCCGGCCGAGGUAUUCCAGCCCAUCGCAUCGACCAAAGCUCGGCAAGACUUUCUCUCGCAUCUCAAGGAGACGAAGGAUGUUGCCGACAGCAUCAUGGCUGGGACCACUCGCCUCAUUGUCAGUAGCACAUCAUGGACCCCUGACGAGGAUUUCGGCCUGCUGCUGGACGCCUUGGUGGCCUACGCGCACCCCGAAGAGGCCGUCACAGAGACCGGCGUCGGCCGACCUCCGAUCCUUGCCAUCAUCACCGGCAAGGGACCCCAAAAGGCCGAGUACGAGGAAAAGAUCAAGAACCUUCGCCUGGAGGGCAAGCUCCCCGGUAUCACCAUCUUGACCGCGUGGCUAUCAACCCGUGAGUACGCCACGCUGCUCUCAUGCGCCGACCUCGGUGUCUGCCUCCACAAAUCCAGCUCUGGUGUCGACUUGCCCAUGAAGGUGGUAGACAUGUUCGGUUCGGGCCUACCUGUAGCUGCCUACUCGGCAUAUGAGAGCUUCGGCGAGCUGAUCAAGGAGGGCGAGAAUGGGUGCGGGUUUGAGACGGCUACUGAGCUGGCCGACGUCCUGAUCAGGCUACUGAGUGAGAGCGGCAAGGACGAGCUGAAGACCUUGAAGGCGGGAGCCAUCAAGGAGGGAAGCUUACGCUGGGAUGAGGAGUGGGAUCGCGUCGUUGGGCGGAUCGUCGGUGUGAUUGAUAGCUGA